CCUAUAACGGUUUAUGAAACUCUAUGGCGCCCUCAGCCUACUAUUUCAUAUCUAAUCUUCUGUCUAAUCAUCCAAAACGCUGAAUUGGCUAAUUCCUUUUGGAUUUCUUACUUCACAUUGAGUGCGUCCUUAUUCAUUUUGGCCAUUUUGGCUUUUCAAUUGAAAAAAACCUGCAAAAAAAAUGCAAAGCAGUGUCACUGUGGGGGAACCCCCGAAAAAAGGAAGCAACAAUGAUCGCGUGAAGUACGGGGAGAACCCAGAUGUGAAAUUUUUCUUCCCGAACAACGGUGGAGCACUCCUACUUGCUGAAAAGGUCAAAUUCGCGAGGAUCAGUGAGAUUUUCCGGAAGCAACUACCAACAUCCAAUGCGGAAAAUGGUGAACGUGUUGUGAUCACGGAUAUUUCCUUUGAGAUAUUCAACAACGUGGUGAAGUUCAUCUACGGUGAGGAACUUACGAUCUACGAGGAGAAUUACCUGGAAAUCCUCUACAUUGGGAAGAAGUACUUCCUGUAUGAGAUCAUCCACAAAGUCAUUAAGUUCAUUUACACCUUCAUCAAUGCCGACAAUAUGGCGGAUCAUUUUGAAUUUAUUGAUAAAUUCGACAUUUCCUCCUUGAAUGACUUCAUGAAGGGAAUUUGCAUUUCAUCUCCCUUGGUAGUAAUUCGAAAGCUGACCAAAUCAAUCCCACAUAAGCGGAUUCUUCAAAUUAUCCUGGAAUCUCCGUGUCUUCCGUGCUCGGAGUAUGAACUCUACCAGGCAAUUGUUGACACGUACUUCAGGAAUGUCGAUAAGGAGGUGUUUGAUAUCUCCAAAUACAUCCGAGAUGAACUUGGGAAGCUCAUCUUCUUGAUUCGUUUUCCUACAAUGACCAACAAAGAGAUUAUUAAUUGCACCAAAUACCCUUCUUUGCUCACUAAAGAACAAUCUAUGGACUUCCUCCUUUGGAUUGAGGACAAAAUCUUUACGGAUUCCCUUCAGUAUUUUUCAUCUGUGCCAAGGCUCAAGUGCAAUUGUCAGGUUAACAAGCCAAUUCCAAAGUAACCUGUAUAUUAGAAACAAAACUUACGAAUAGCAAGGAAACAAAAAUUUAAAAUUACCUUUUCUAUCUUUUCUUCCUUAUUUUGAAAACAAAAAUUAUUUGAAAAACCUUCGUGAACUAUGAUUAACUGAUAAAAAAAAAUGAAUUUAAGAAUAAAACUUCAAUGAAGAAGAUCCAAGCCUCAGCUGUGAGAAAAGAAUAAAUAUUUUCUUAAAUAAAACAACAAA